GAACAGCUGUGACCUCAAAGAGAAGUCCUGUGAUAUUGUGGCCUCAGCUCUCCAGUUAUCUAACUCACCCCUGAGAGAUCUCGACCUCAGCUACAAUAACCUGGGAGAUUCAGGAGUGGAGCUGCUCUGUGCUGGACUGAGGAGUCCAAACUGUAAACUACAGAGACUGGGGCUGGGUUGGUGUAAUCUCACAGAGGGCUGCUGUGAUGUUCUGGCCUCAGUCCUGCGUUCUCCUCACUCAGAGCUGAGAGAUCUGGAGCUCAGAGACAAUGAGCUGCAGGAUUCAGGAGUGAGAGCACUCUCUGCUGGACUGGAAGACCCACACUGUAAACUGCAGAGACUGGGGCUGGGUUGGUGUAAUCUCACAGAGGGCUGCUGUGAUGUUCUGGCCUCAGUCCUGCGUUCUCCUCACUCAGAGCUGAGAGAUCUGGAGCUCAGAGACAACGAGCUGCAGGAUUCAGGAGUGAGAGCGCUCUCUGCUGGACUGGAGGACCCACACUGUAAACUGCAUAGAAUGGGGCUGUCAGGCUGUGGAGUCACACAGAGAGGCUGUGAUUCUCUGGCUUCAGCUCUGUGUUCAAACCCCUCACACCUGAGAGAGCUGGACCUGAGAUACAAUCACCCAGGAGACUCAGGAGUGAGAGCGCUGUCUGCUGAUAAACUGGACACACUCACACUGCUUGUGGACCAUGGAGGAGAGAACAGGACCAAACCAGGACCCAGGAAAUACGGCUGUCAGCUCACACUGGAUCCAAACACAGCGUACAGAGAGCUGUUUCUGUCUGAGGGGAACAGGAGGGUGACAUCCACAUCGGGGAGAGAGCAGCCAUAUCCUGAUCAUCCAGAGAGAUUUGACUUCUGGCCCCAGGUUCUGUGCAGAGAGAGUGUGUGUGAGCGCUGUUACUGGGAGGCUGAGUGCAGUGUGUCUGAGUGGGGGGGAGGGGUUUGUAUAGCAGUGACAGAUAAAGGAAUCAGCAGGAAAGGAAAGGAUUCUGACUGUGUGUUUGGAUACAAUAAAAACUCCUGGAGUCUGGAGUGCAUUAAUCUCAGUGACUCUGAUGAACUCAGUUACUCUGUCUGGCACAAUGAGAACCAAACACGCAUACCUGCCCCCCCCUCCCCCUACCGCAGAGCAGGAGUGUGUGAUGAUGCUGGUAGAGGAGUGUGUGUGUGCAGGGUAGGAGUGUGUGUCGACCGUCCGGCCGGCACUCUGUCCUUCUACUGCGUCUCUGACUCUGACACACUGACCCUCCUGCACAGACUCCACACACACUUCACUCAACACACACCCCUCUGUGCUGGAUUUACAGUGAGGUGGAGAUCCUCAGUGUCCCUCUGCCAACUGGAGUAGAGACACACACACACGCACAUACACUCACACACACACACACACACACUCCUCAGUGUCCCUCUGCUAACUGGAGUAGAGACACACACACAAACAUGCACACACGCACAUGCGCGCACACACAAACAUGCACGUGCACACACGCAUACACCACAUUCACAUACCCACUCACACACAUGCACACCACAUACGCACGUGCGCAUACACACUCGCAUGCACGCACAGACACACACACUCGCAUGCAUGCACGCACACACACACACACUCGCGUACACACACACACACACACACACACACCACAUUCACAUACCCACUCACACACACACACACCACAUACACUCAUACACAUACACACACAGAUACACAUAGACACACCCACCCAUACUCUCACACACACCCUUUCUCUCUCAGUCAUGCACACGCACUCACAAAUACACACGCUGAUGUACACUCAUGCACACGCACUCACACACCUACGCACACACACACUCGUGCACACACACUCACACUCUUACACACACAUACACACUCUCUCACACCCACUCACACACCCAGUCACACACAUGCACACACACACCUACACACCUGAACACACACAAUCUCUCGCACACACAAACACACACAUUCACCAGUGCACUCUCACAAGCUCAUAACCGUAUGCACACACCCUCUCUCUCUCACACACACACACACACUCACAUCCACACACAUUCACACAAACGCACGCACGCACACACACAAACUCAUGCACUCAUGCACACACACAUACAUGUGUGCAGAGGCACAAACACGUGUCAACACACACACUCCUCAGUGUCCCUCUGCUAACUGGAGUACAGACACACGCACAGGCACGCACACACAAACAUGCACACACACGCUUACACACACACACAUGUGCGCAUACACACUCGAACGCACGCACACACACACACACACACACACACACAUACAUAUACAUACACUCAUAUACACAUACACACACACACUCAAUCACACACUCACACACAUAUAUAAACACAAACACUCAUAUACACCUAGACCCUCACACACCCACACCUACACACACACACACUCACACACAUAUAUACACACACGCACUCACAUGUAUACAUACACACUCAUACACACACACACUCAAUCACACACUCACAUAUAUAUAUAUAUAUAUACACACACUCAUAUGCACCUAGACCCACACACACACGCACUCACCUACACUCACUCUCGCACACUCAGUCACACACACACACCCUCUCUCUCUCACAUAUACUCCAUCACACACACACACACAUACUCUCACACACACCCUUUCUCUCUCAGUCAUGCACACACGCUCACACACCAACGCACACACACUCUCUCACACCCAGUCACUCACACACACCUCCACACACACACACAAUCUCACGCACACACAUACACACGCAUGUAAACAUACACGCUCAUACCCGUAUGCACACACACACACUCUUUCUCUCACUCACACACUCACAUACAGUAUACAGACACACACAUUCGCAAACGCAUGCGCACACACACACACUCAUGCACUCACGCACAAACACAAACAUGUGUCAACACACACACAUUCUCAUUCCCAUACGCACGCACACACACGUAUACACACACAUUCUAUUACCUAUACGCACACACACACACACACACUCAUGCACUCACACAUGCACACACAUGCAUACACUUACAUGCGUGCACAAACCAUAUAUGCAUGUAUACACAAGCAUUAUAGCCAUACAUACACACACACACACACACACACACGUAUAAACGCACACAUUCACAAAGGCACUCUCACGCGCACACACACAUACACAUGCAUACACUCAUUCUCUUGCACGCGCACACACUCGAGUACACAGUCUCACACACAUUCACACAAACGCACACACACACACUUUCUCUUACCCAUACACACACAUACCUGUGUGCACACAUACUCAUGCACUCAAUCAUACUCUCACACAUGCACACACACAUACAUGCGUGCACACACACACACAUUCUUUUACCCAUUCACACACGCAACCUGGGCACACACACACAUGUUCACAUCAACAGUCACUCCCACAAACGUACGCAUGCACACACACAUUCACAAAUGCACACACACAGAAACGCACUCUCACCCAAUCACACACACGCACACACGUCGACACACUUGCAGCCUUCCUUGACCAAUGCCUUACCACUGCAAUUUCAGCUGUGCCCAAUAUUAACCUCAGUACAGCUUAAACCCUGUACAUGAGAGUGUGAUCUUUUAGCAGGUUCAGGUUAAGCACUCGCUAUUUAAAUAUGAUUUUAUUUUUUUUACAUUUUAUUAAAUUUUCAAAUGUUCAAGGUGUGUUUAUGUACUUUUGAUUAUUAAAACAUUCAUAUAACAUUGAGAGUAAUAAUGCCAAAAUAGGGCAGAGUAAAAUGUUUUUGAAGUAAUAAUUCUGUCUCCUGUAUCUGCAUCUUUUUUAUAAGAAGCUAGUGGCAAACUCCUCCACUUAAAUGUGCAUUUUACUAGUUUUUACAGUUGCUUUCAUUCAUUUUCACAAGAGUUCCAAUGUGCAAAUUUCUGUGGGCAAAUGCAGCUGAUAGGGAGAAUGCAGAAUGAUCACUGCAGUGUACUUAUUUCAUUUCAUUACUGUAAACAAUUAUGGAUUGAGUUACCUCAUUUAUUCUGUUAGGAUUGUUUUUUUGUUUUUUUUUGCUUUAAUUUUCUGUAUUUUCAGACAAUAAUAUGCAAUGAUUAAACCUGAAUUAUAAAAAUAUCAAA